CCCAAUAUGUCUACUACAGUCUAUCACGCAUGCGUUUUGACAUGUCAUAUCUUUAUUUUUGAUUUUGUAUCAAUUUUCUUGUAUCUUAUAGAAUAACGGGGAGUGACGCUUUAGUUUUACAUGCCUUAUUUAAUAAAAUUUCAUCUUUAAUUAUAAAUUAUUACUAUAAAACCAGUAAGUAUUAAAUAAAAACAAACUUCAAACGUGUUCCACAAUCUACUCUAAAAAAGAGUUUUUACAUCCCUAUAGAUCUCAAAAAUGUCUUUUGGUGAAAAAAUAGCUUCGAUUAUGGAGAGACCUGGACAAGAUCCCGUGUCCAAGGAUGACGUUCCUUGGUGGAUGAAAUAUGCAGGUCGGGGCUUAGGCACAAUUGGGAGUCUCAUUGCAAUAUUUUUAGGAGCAUGGAUGUGUGUUGGUGUAAUUGUAGGCUCAGUUAUGUGUUUUAUUAGUGGAAUGUGGCAAAUGGUCGCAGGAUUUUUAGUUGUGACCGUUGAAGCACCGUGUUGCUGUAUGUUUAUUGAUUUUGUACAAAAUCUAAGUGAUUGGGUUGAACGAAGACCUCAUUGGAAUCGUGCUGCUGGAUAUUGUCUAAUUGCUUUGCCGCCGGUAUUUUUUUGUCCAUCAUUAAGUAGUAUACUUGGAAGUGGAUUAAUAUUUGCAACAGGAAUAAUUUAUGGAUUAAUGUCCGUUGGAAGAAAGGCUCCGUUGGAAGAAAUGAGAUCGGCAGCAUCGAGUUCUCAAAACCCUCCAUCUAAUAUGAAAGCAAGUUUAGUUGAAAAUGUUCAGCCUAUAGGAUUUUCUUCAAAACCAGAUAGUAAUGUUUGACGCUUUAGAUUAUUUCAAAUAACAUUAAUUAAUUUAAUUCAAUUUUUAUUUUUAUUUUAUAAUGAAAAAAACUUUGAUAAUUUGAAUGUCAGCAAAGAAUUAUUAUAAUGAAAAUUUACGUUAUUUCUCUAGUCGUAUACUAUUUAACUCGUAUUCAAUCAAUAUAAUAAAAUUAAUGAAAAUAUUAUGUAAAAAGGAAGAUUAAGCUGACAUUUCGUAUUAGAUUUUAAAUAAUAUUAGUAUUAAGAAGAUUUGUUGAAUUUAUCUAUACAUUGAAUACUUUCAAUUAGUCGUAGAUACAACAAAAUUUUUUUUAAAAGCAAAAAACUGCCUCCCAAGUAUUCCAUUAAAACUAGAAAAAUUUAAAUUUUUGAUAAUUGUUAUAAGUUACUGCUUAAAAAUUUGGUCCUAAUUUAUAUGAAUUAAAUGAAUGAUUGGUCUGUAAUUUCACAUAUAAAAAAAUUUUAAGCAA